CUGCCGUUACAGUGCGCGCUGCCUAACAGGUAAGCUGAUUUACCUGUUACUCUCAGAAGUUAAGGAGAAACUGGUAGUGAUGUCAACUUGAUGAUAUAGAGGACGGCGCUGUAGCUGGAGCUAUAACAGAGCCAGCCCUCCUCUCUCCCUACUGACGCCGGAGAUAACCACACUCUCGCUCGCUCUUCUCGGCAAACAGGUGCGCGUUUCACCGGAAGUACCGACUGUCCCCUGCCGGCCGCGCAUGCCAGAAGGGAAACUGACCGCAUUGUUUGGCUUUUUUUUUAAUUGUGCAGUGUGAUAAUCUUUCUUCAAACAUUAUGGCUCUUCAAGAACUGAGCGAAAAAUUCGGUGGAACUUGGAAAAUGGAAUCCGAGGAAAAUAUUGCUAAAUAUCUCGAAGCAAUGGGUGUAGGAUUCCUGAUGAAGAAAAUGGCGUCAGCCAUGAAACCUACAAUGGUGAUCGAGGUGCAAGGUGACGAGGUGGUCGUCACCAGGAAAACCCCGAUCAAAGACCUUCACUCCCGGCACAAACUAGGGGAGGAAACCGACAUCGUGGAACACGACCGGAAGUACAAGUCUACAAUGUCCUUCAGUGACGGUAAAAUCCUGAUAAACAAUGUACCGGCGGACGACAAGGGGAAGCCCAACACAUUGACGCGAGAGGUCGCCGGGGAUAAGCUCACCCAGACAUACACCGUCGAGGAUAUUGUAGCCACAGUGUCUUUCCGGAAAAUUUGAUUCCAAUUCAGACCAACUCUCAUUCUUCAGAUCACGCGAUUUGCUUCCAAGUGGCGAAACAUUAAAUGGUGCCUUACUUGCAUUGGCCAUUCUUUUAACGAUUAUGUUGCCACUGAGUUUAUGUAAUUGUCGUUUUCUUUCCAUUACGCCCCUUCAGAAUUAAAUGGACCGGAGUCAAACAAGAGGCCAUAUUGAUAAUUGCAGGUCAACGUAUGACGUUCGCCAUUUCCUGAUCUUCGUGCGUACAGUAUUCUUUCGGUGGUGAUGAUGUUAUUUACAGCGUUUUAUGUUUUCUUUUUUUUUUAGCGUUGUUCAUAUGAGUAUUGUAUCUAUUAUUUUUUACUUUUGUUGAAUGAAAAAUGAAAUAGAUAAACUAAA